UCUUAUGAAGCGUCCUCUUCUUUCAUUCCAAACCUGCUCUACGCUCUCAAGUUUUAGCUUUGUUAUCGUUUAUCACCUACCAGUCGUUAUUCCAAAUCAUGUCUGCGCCGUCGUUUGCGGAGCUCGAGGCUGCUGCCAGCUCUGUCAUUGACAUCCUAAAGACGAUGUCGGAAUUCUCGAAUGUCAAGAUUGCAGUUAUUGGAGGAUUAGGUCUCUGGAAAUAUCUCCGAGGCUAUCGUACUACUGAGUUCAAGGAGCGCCAAAAACAGUUAAAGAUAAACUACUUGCCAUGCCCUCCAGUCCUUUCUAACAGCAGGCGCAGCUUUUUUUUCUACAGGAGCUCAAACGGCAAACAUAUCCAGGUUGAUAUCACACCGGAUUGGCAGUCUCCGUAUAUUCUGUCUGCGGCCGGACCUAUUUCGGCUGUCCGGCCGGGGUCUCUUCCAUACAUCUCAGAAACGGAUCUUCUGAUUUUCAAGAUAAACAGCUGUGGUUUACGGUCCACGCCCGCAAAGAAAUUACGUGACGCAACCGAUGCUAGGUCAUUGGCAGAUGAUCUCAGCUCUAAAGGACCUAUUGUCCUAUCAUCCACUCAAAAAAGUGCUGUGCUCCAGGGCUUGGAUGAUGUAGUACGCCUCUCUGGAAAGACCGGGCUUGGUGAAAGCCCAAACUGGCACUGAGUUGAUGUCGAUAUCUUGCUCGUCUAGGAAUUGCUUGCUUGUCCGGCCAUUGUGCGAAUAUUUUAUCCUAGGACUGCCACGGAGUCGAACAUAACCCGGGUCUUGC